CUUAAAUAUGCAAUCAAACGACGAAACAGGCGUUCCAGUAACAGAACUCACAUCGAUGUGCCAAACAAAGCAGGACACAGGAGAGCCGACCAAAGAUGUACACUACACGGAAGGGUCGUUCAUUUUUCCACCAUUUUCAUAUCAUGACACACGCAACGCAGAGCGUAAUGCAACGAAAGCUGUCCCCAUAAAUUCAUACAACAACGUUUGUCACCGGGCAAUGCGUAAUCAUCGAGGCAAUUCCGUUCACUUUUCGAUGGGAGUUUACGAGAAUGAGACGUCUUCGAAAACACACUGCUACACACCGUACGGCCGGAUGCGUCCGUACUAUAUCCCCCAUCGAACACGCACGAAAAGCGAAAGCUCGGACCCAUCGAACUUACAGCAGUCGGGACAGGAAUCUGGCGGCUCAGUUUGUGGUUCAGCACCCACCUCCACCAACUCCCACUCGAUACUGAUGGAAACCUGUGAACCACCCUCCGCAAUGAUGGACGUAUCGAGCAAUACAGCAGGGAACAGUAGUAGCAGCAGUACCACUGUUCGUCACAAAAAUCCUGUCGUUGUGUUGAAAAAAUCACGCUCCCUGGAGAAUGUGCGCGUCGACAAUUCGCUCGAAGGUUCGCAACAUUCGCACGAGAUGGAAUUCGUGUCUAGUCGCAUACAGAAGCUAAAGGUACAGGAAUAG